AUGACGAAUUGGGAUUCGGAAACGGCCCGUGGCGCCCGCAUUUCGGCGACGGUGAAAUGGUACGAUCCGGCCAAGGGCUACGGCUUCCUCGAACCGCCCGACGACUCGCCCGACGACUCGCCCGACAUCUUCUGCCGCAAGCCGGCGCUGGUGGCGGUCGGCCUGGACGUUCUUCUCUCGGGGGCGACGGUCGACUGCGAGACGAUGCAGGGCCAUCGCGGGCCGGAGGUCUCCCGCAUCCGCGCUGUCGAUUUUUCGACUGCAUCGCCCAAUCCGGCGGCCGGCAACGGAUCGAGGGCCGAACGACCCGGCCCUGCGCAGGCCGCAGCCCCCGUCUCCAGCCGCCGGAUCAGGGCGCUGGUGAAAUGGUUCACGCCAGACCAGGGAUACGGUUUCCUCGAGCCCGAGGACGGCUCUGCCGAUGUGUUCUGCCACGUGAAGGAUCUUCACGCAGCGGGCCAUGAAACCCUUCCCGAGGGCGCGGCGGUGACCUGCGAGGUCGUACCCGGCGACAAGGGCCCCCAGGUCUCCAGAAUCCUCGACAUCGACGUCCCGGCGGCGCGGAGGGACGGUGCGAUAAACGGCCGGCCCGGGCGCGGGCCGCGCCAGGGCCGGCACGACGCCGGGCCCGGCGAAGGUCCCCUGGCGGUGCAGGGUACGGUGAAGUUCUACGACACGGCCAGGGGAUACGGCUUCAUCGUGCCGGACGGCGGCGGCCGCGAGGUGUUCGUCCAUGCCAGCGUCCUGAUACCCUUCGGCUUGGGCGACCUGCAAUCGGGCCAACGCCUCCGCGUUCGGGCGGAAGAGGUGCCACGCGGGCUCCAGGCGACGGAAAUCGAGCCGAUCUGA